CGGCAGUCCGAGAUAUGUACGCUUAGUCGUUUGGGUGACAUUCGUUAGGUAUAAAAUCCAAUGAUGUUUAUCAGCUGCUAAGUCCCUAACAUCCACUUACAAACAUAUUAAAACGAUAAUUGGGCGCUAAAUCUGCAGACGUAUCUGCAAAAUACACCCAAACCUCUUGCAGCGCGAAUCUGCGAUUUCCGACCUCUAGCGGCCUUCGAGGAUUACUGUUGGAGUCGCGCAAGGUCUGUGUUGUUCAAACAUUUUCGCGCAGACUGCAGAGCAGACACACGACACAGACGCUUGCAGACAAAUCCAUUGCUUUUCCAAUCCCUGAAUCCUGGAAUCAUGAAGGUUGAAUCGAUGGAAGUUUCCAGUUUUUCUGGUUCUAAUUUCUUCAGAUCCCUCUAUCAUGAUUGCUGCAUUGCUUGGAUUCAUCUCUUCCGCUUUGGUCGUUUAUUUUUAUUGGAACAGAAAAUCAUCGAGCAGUCCAUUUACUGAAAAUUAUAUUCGGGAUCCAGAACCAAUAGAAACCAACCAGAAGAGACGAGAUCAAGUUAUUAAAAAUGGAUUCAAACUUGACAGAGUUCCUAAAAAUCUUGAUGCCAUUGUUGUAGGAAGUGGAUUAGGUGGAUUGUCUUGUGCGGCAUCUCUCGCUCGUGCAGGGAAGAAGGUUCUUGUGUUGGAACAACAUGAUAGAGCAGGUGGUUGUACUCACACAUAUGAAGAAAAAGGAUUUGAAUUUGACAUUGGUCUCCACUACAUUGGACAAGUACAUCCUGGCACCCUUGGACAUUCAAUGUUUGAUGUUCUCAGUGACGGACAAUUGGUUUGGGAAACUUUGGACAAAGAUUUUGAUUCUGUCGUUAUCAAACAGCCAGAUGGAACUUUCAAAUAUUACAAUCUAUGUAGUGGAAAAGGGGAUUAUGAACAAAGAUUGAUCGAGCAUUUUCCUGGAGAAGAGAAAGCUAUUCGAGAAUUCAUGGAUUUGACGAAGAAAUGUGCAAAAUCUAUUCUCGGCUUUAUGAUGUUAAAAGUGUUCCCAAAGUGGAUUCUGAAGCUUCUCAUCACACUCAAACUGUACAAGUUUUGGAGUUUCGGAUUUGAUGAAUAUUCUCGAGUUACGGUGAAAGAAGUUGUUGAUAGAUUGACUGACAACAAUGAAUUAAAAACUGUAUUCACGUACUGUUUUGGUGAUUAUGCUACUGUGCCGUCAAGGACUCCUUUCUUUAUGCACGCUAUGCUGAUGUAUCAUUUCUACCAUGCAAGCUAUUAUCCACGAGGAGGUGCCAGUGAGCUUGCGUACACUAUGAUUCCAGCUAUUCUUCGUAGCGGCGGUGCUGUUCUGGUCCGUGCUCCUGUAUCAAGAGUGAUCUUCAAAGAUGACAGAGCUAUUGGUGUUUGUGUGAAGAAGAAUGAUCAAGAGCACGAAAUAUUUGCUCCUAUUAUUGUGUCGAAUGCUGGUGCUUAUAAUACAUACAACAGACUCAUACCUCGUGAAAUGUGCCAAAAAUUAGGUUUAAAGUCGAUUCAAAAUAAAGUCGGCCAUGGAUUCAGUUGUUUGCAAGUACUUGUAGGUUUGAAGGGAACAGCUGAAGAAUUAGGAUUGAAGAAAAGAAACUAUUGGACGUUUACAACUACAACACCAGAGAAGUCUGUAAUGGAAUACCUCAGUUUAUCCAAAGAAGAUGCAGCUAAUGUUGAUGUCCCUAUCUUAUUUGUUUCUUUCCCAUCGACUAAAGAUUCUACUUGGCAAGACAGACACCCAGACAAGUCUGUCUGUGUGAUUGUGACAUUUGCAAGUUGGGAAUGGUUCAAACAAUGGAAAGAAGACCGAGUGAUGAAGCGAGGGAUUGUUUAUCAGAAUUUAAAACAAGCAUUCCAGGAUAGAAUAUGGAGUCAAGUCACCCAACUAUUCCCACAGUUAGAAGGAAAGGUUGAAUACAUUGACACUGGGACACCAAUCACCCAUCGUCAUUACAUUUCAUCACCGAAAGGAGAGAUAUAUGGAGUUGAUCAUUCAAUGGAAAGAUUCUCAUACGAUGUUGCAAUGGACAUGAGACCCAAAACUGUCAUCCCUGGAUUAUACCUCACUGGUCAAGAUGUGAUUACAUGUGGAAUUGUUGCUUCAGCCAUAGGUGGUGUAAUGACGGCAUCCGACAUAUUGGGGCGAAAUCUCAUGAAAGAUUUAUUCAUGAUUUCAUCGAAGCGUCGCAAAAUGUAUAAGAAGAAAAAGGCUGAAUGAAUAUCUUCCCAGGAAACUACCUAUUACUAAUUUGAUUUAAUGUAAUUCAAUUCAAUGAUAUACAUCUAACUUAAUAUAUGUGCCAAAUUCACUAUGAGACAAUUGAUAUAAAUUGUGACUUUGUUGCAAAUGGUGCACAGUUUACCUUAUUCUUCAAAAUACACUCAAUUUCAAUUUAUUAUUCCCGAUUUAUUUUCCAGUGGUCAACCAUGACUUGCUCAUAGAUAAUCUUCUUUAUUUUUGCGUCCGAGCAAUUGCAUGGAGAAAAUUCCAUAAAAAAAUAUCAUUCACCAAGCAUUCUAUUGUUAAAUAGAUUUGUCAAGGGCAACAUAUAAGUGAUAUAAUGCUUCUGUGUGUGUAAGAUCGUGUUGUUUCAAUGUAGAUUCAAUUGUUCUUCAUCCAGAACAACUGCUUUUAUGCAAUCUAUUAUAAUUAUUUGUUUAUGCUACUGAAUAUGGCCUCACAAAGAGAUAUUCUCAAAUACUUGAUUUUGAAAAUGAUUGUUAUUGGUACAUGUUUGAAAGGAUUUCAUAACAAUUACACCAUUACUGUGUCAUUUUUUGGCUUAUUUUUUUGUGCAAAGAUGUCACCAAAAUAUAUUUUAUGCCCGUGUACAAAAACAGAAAAAGAAGUUAAUUUCUGUUAUAUGCAAGUCUAUUGGGAAGUGUCACUUAUGAGCACAAAUCUUUGUCUUACUGUACCCAGAAAAUUUGAUCAAAACUGGGAUAACAAAAAUAUCACUGAUUUAUUAGAAAUUCAUUAUGUUAUUUUUUCUAGAAGUGCUGUAAUUUGUAAAAUUUUUGAUUUAGUGUCUUUUGUUUGCCUUUUUUUUAUUUAACAGAAGCUUAUUAGGUAAUUUUUUGCUGAUGUUUUUCAAAUCUAUACAUUUUGAAGUGUUCCAAUGUAUGCACACUCUUUGAUUUUGUCUUAUUGCUUUAUGAAUUAUAUUUGGUAUUUUUAUGCAAUUGUAAUUGAUAUGUAAUUUUGAUUGUUGAUUCAUAUAUGGAAGUUUGAUAUCCGAAUCACAAAAAUUGGCAUUGACUUUCUUUCAUUUCUUUUGUAUUUUGUUUACACCAUCAUGACUUCUCAGAAUUUUUACGAACCCCUGGUUAUGUCUCUCUUCAAUCGCUUUUAAAUACUCUAUGUUUAUCUAUCCCGGCCCAGAACAUAGCAUGAAUCCUGCUUAUUAUAAUCACUUGUCACUCCCACAUUAUAUAUCAAUCCAAACUCAGAACAGUCUGACAAAUAUGUUAAGAAGGGAUGAGUGAGACACUACAUUUUUGAGACACCAUCUUGCUGUACUGCUACAGUAGAAUUAUUGUUUCCUUGUGGAUCAGCAGUCCUCGCAGUACUAUCAGGAGACAUUGAAAUAUUUCUAAGCUUCCAAACAGCUUCAGUCCUGUCUACAUUCACCGCUUGAUAAGCAGAAUCUCUCAUAUUAAAAAGCCAAUACAAUACUUCAGUUAUGAAAAGCUAGCGAGAACGAGUAUUUGUAGUAUUCAGAAAAUAAAUUCUUAUUCCGAAAUACAUUAAUUG